AAUUCCGCCCCGCGAACCUUUCAUAUGUGUAUGAAGUAAGCUGUCAAGGCAAUUGACUUCCACGCCACGGUCGUUUGAUCAAGCAUUCUCAACGGUGGCGAGGCCGUAGGCAAAACACCAUAUAUGUUCAUACGAACCUACUCGAAUCAUAUCUCACAAAGAAAAUCCACAGCAUCCUAAUCCCCACCUUUGGCCUACAACUUCUCCAAUUGUAACACGUGCCACGAUCCAACAUGCGCGCUCUCAUUCAUACAGGAGAGCCUCGAACUCUCAAGAUCGAUAACGACCACCCGGAACCGACUCCAUCAGAGCACUACACGAUCCGUACGCGAGCAACGGCACUGACCCGAGAAGAACUCACCUGGCCGGAGACCCUCUCCCAAAAGACCCCCGUACCUGGCUACGACCUAUCGGGUGUGGUCCUCUCCACGCCCACCCUUCCCGAUGGAGCCUCGACGGCGGCCAAUUGGAAGUUCAAGCCCGGGGACGAGAUCUACGCCAUGACUACCUUUGUCAACAAGGGCAAUGCAAGGGAAAUCACCGAGGCCACGGAGAAGGAACUCGCACUCAAACCCAAGAAUCUGAGCUGGCAGGAGGCGGCUACCGUGCCACUGAGUGCGCUGAGUGCCUGGCAGGCGCUAUUCGAUCACUGCGCGCUCGAACCUGUCUUCAAUAAGGAUAGCAAUGCUUCCGCUUCCUCGACAUCGACAAAGAAUAAAGGGAAGAGAAUACUAAUCACGGCCGCAUCGGGAAGUGUCGGUAUAUGGGCCGUGCAGCUUGCUCGUCUGGCUGGCCUCGAGAUCGUAGCCACGUGUGGGCCUUCGAACGUCAAGUUCGUGGAGGGGUUGGGGGCACAUACCGUGCUGGAUUACACCACUGUUGAUCUACUUCAAUGGGUGGAGGAGGACAGGGAGUCGCGGGCGUUCGACAUCGUGCUGGACUGCGUGGGACGCAAGACCCUCGUCGAUGCAUGGAAGUGCGUGAGACGGAACGGGAGGAUGGUCAGCGUCGCCGAGCCAGCAGAUCGCAAGAAGCCAGAUCAAGGGGUCGCUGAGGGGGUGGACAGCGUGUGGUUCAUCGUGAAGGAGAACCCGGAGCAGUUGGCCGCCAUCGCGGAUCUGAUUGAGCGGCAGGAGUGCAUAGCCGUCGUAGACAGCGUCUACACGUUGGACCAAUUCGAGGCCGCGUUUGAGCGAUUGGAGAAAGGGCAUGCUAGGGGCAAGGUUGUCAUCACGUUGUAAGACGUGCGGAGAUAUAACUAAGAUGCUUAAGCUUCUUUGCAUUGUUCGCCUUGUUCGCCCGGCAGACUGUACGUUACUCGUGCUUUCGUUCAUGCUACAUUGGAAAUGCUUUGAACGAAUGGAUAGAAAUCGAUUAUCAUUGUUGCAAGUUGGGCAGCAUGUGCUGGUGCACAGAGAGAACGAUAUCCACUUCGGACCCAGAAUUGAUU